CCCUCGGCUCUCCGUGCCGCCACGUGCCGCCAUGAACGUGCCCUUUCUUCCGCUCUUACUCUCCAAGAGUGCGCGAAGGCGCCUAAUGGAUGAGAUGCAGCAGCACAUACUUCGACAAUGCACCAAGGAUCCAGCUAUGCCGACGGCUUUGCAAAACCUCAUCACCUCCCUUGUCCGAAUCUUCUGGGCAGACAUGGUUGUGGAACUGGAGUUGGAUGCUUCGUCCAAUCGUUGUCGUGAGGACGACGAGGAGGAGUCCGCUUCAGGCACACUUCAGGGUCCUCAGGGUCCACUUGGCAGAGCUCUCUCACCAUGGUUAGCUCCACCUGCGCUUUCUCGCGAUAGUCGGGCAGAAGAAUUGGCAGCUGCGCCAGAUAUUGCUACUGGUAUGCUCCAGGUUCUUGUAGUUGAAGCCCGUGACCUGAAACCGGUCCAUGGCAUUGGAACAAAUCCGUAUGUGCGCGGGCGCUUGGGCGAACAUGUUCGGCGCAGUCCAACCGUCUGGAGCAACCUCCGCCCAGCUUGGAACUGUCUGAUGGAAUUUCCGGUUGUCUCAACAAGAGGCAACAUUGAGCUCGAGGUGAUGAGCAGAGCACCACUUUUUGGUAGCGAUACACGGCUGGGCUAUGUAUCGUUGCCGCUAGAGGAUCUUAUUUCGCCAGCUGGUUCACCGGCAGUGUUAACGACUGGCCCAGGCAAUUCACAGCUUGCAUAUCGCUGCGAGCCGUUGCUUGGAGCAAAGGGUGAGUUAGUGCUGAUCAUAGACUACAGGAAGCUGCAGGCAGUGCGCCGACGACUUUCCUGUGGUGCCUUUGGAAAUGCACUUGCUCGAAGAGCAGCGCAGUUCAGGGCAUUCUUUUUAUACCACUACUGGCCGUGUGACAAGUCCAUCUUCCAGAUGUACAUGCACGAGCCUGUUGAUAUUUGCUUGCUGCUACUUUCUCUUAGCCCCUUUCUUUUCCUACGAGUGCUUUUCUACACGGUUUUAUUGUUGUGUCUUUGUUUCCCUUGGCCACCUGAUGAGCACCAAAUUGUACAGUUCAUCCUUGCUUUCAAGGGAACAGCAAGCAUUUCAGAUGGUGCUGGGCAAGUGGUCUACGGAAUUCUGAUCUACUACCUCUGUGCCAGAAGUGGCACAUGCUCCACAGGAGGCGCUCCUGGAACUGGUGUCAGUAGCGCCUACGUGAUCCUGGACCUCUACCAGGAGGUGCUGGUUUGGGCAGUUUGCUUUCUUUUGCUGCCCCACAGCUUGCCAUACCUGAAUCGCAGCACAGCGGCACCAGGUCCUGCGCAAGAGACCCAGAGUGAGGACAUACAUCGGGGUGGCCGCAUGAACGCAUUGCUGCAGUACAACCUCUUGGUUUUUGCCUUCAGUCUCAGCAUUUUCCUUCUACUGUCCUUGAGAGACGCAGUGGCGCUUUCUUGGAAUAACGGUUCAGAAGAAGAGAUUUGGCACUGGCGGGUUGCAGAAAACUUUUUUUGGGCACGGACCAUUUUCGGUCUUGGCAUGUUUCCUUUCUUCUUUUUGCUGCACCCACAAAUCAACAAGUUGUUGACGCACAGUACGCCAACAGGAUACACAAGACUGGGGACCUUGAAACGGCACAAGCCAAUCCUGAGACCCAAACGACCGAGCGGAUCUGAACUGGCACCUGUGUCAUCUCUUGAGAAAAUUCGAGAGGCAGGGAAGGACCACCUCAAUGAAACGCUGCCUCCUCUGCAAGAGCUGCAUGAACUGUCGCCUGUUUCGGAAGGCGAGAAAGACACAGAGCCUUCAGAGUACACGCUGAAGGGAAACGGAGUGAUCAGGGCGAUGGACUCCGCCGAUCCAGUGGAGGACCUUCGCGCUGUGAUUCGACGACUACCUGGUGGACGGGUGGCACUGUUCGCUGGCGGCCUGUGGCUGCGAGCAACUGGAAAGGCGGUAAAUGCAGCUGUGACAGUUGUAUCUCUGGAAAUUCGCGUGGCCAGUGCGGGUGUUUCUUUGGGCUUAAGAGCCGCUGAUGCAGGCCGCUCAGCAGCUCUGGGGGUUGCCAGACGAGUUGUGCCCGGAAGUGACACUGCAGUGGUACGAUUCAUGCUUGGUCGCGCCGAAGCAGCCCGGUCGGCCACUGUGAUCCUGGUCGGACAUUGCGACCGGCUGCUGCAGGGACCCGUGUCCCUCACCACCCGGAUGGUGAGAGUGAUACCUUUUGGCCCUACAGCCCUGUCUGUGCUAGGCACAAUGGGAAGUCUCAGUUCUGGCUUGGUUCGUGCAUGCUUCCGAAUGGCUGCAGCAGUGGAAUCGCCUGAGGAGGUGGUUGGCUCGCAUGCAUCAGGCGAGGGCGUGCCCCUUGUGCAGGUUUGGUCCUUAGCACACAGCUGUUAA